AUGUUUUGGCACGUUUUCCCGCCGGCAGUGGCAGAAGUUCCUAUGUUUCGUCCCGAUUUGGGAAGCGGGUUUGGGAGUCGGUCUUUGAAAACAUUCAAACCCAAGAAGAAUAUUCCCAAAGGUUCCCAUCCGGAUGAACUCCCUGAAGGUUUCCAUCCGGAUGAACUCCUGGAACAGGCGGAUGCAACUCCAGGCAGCGGUAACCUUAGAGAAGGGGCGACGUUGCCAGAGGGAGAGGACCUUAACGAGCGGAUCGCGGUUAACGCAGCAGAUUUCUUCAACCGAAUCGACGUGCCGUACGGGAUCGUUACGGAAUUCCGCGCGGAGGUGAGCUCUCCGGUCACGUCCGCGGGACCGAGGUAUGAGUACCGCCGGGGCGGACGGAACCAACGGACCAACGUGAAGAAGCCGAUCGAGCGCUUAGCUCCCAAGGACGUGGAUUACGUGAUGACGGGGGUGCAGGACCAGUUGGAUGACGAGACGCUUUAUCCCUUCCAAGAUGG